UUGUAUAUGAUAAAAUAGAAACAAUUACAUGUGAGGAAUGUGAUUAUAAACAAAUCCUUUGUUUUACAUGGAAAAUAGAAAAACAAUGGUGUAUUUCAAGAGCUAGUACUACAACUGGAAAUCAAUUUAUUCAAUUUAAUACUGGAUAUUAUUGGUUUAUUAGUGUAAAUGAUAUAAAUGAAAGUUUACAUAUUGUAAAAUAUAUGAAUAAUGCAAAUGAAAAAUCUCAUUACAAUAUUGGUUCACAAUUUGCACCAUCACAAAAAGAUAGAUUUUUACGAGGACCAGCAAAAACAGUUUUAGAAUCCAACGAAACUUUUAGAUGGAUUGAUCUUAACACAAAUAAUAUACAAGCAAUUCAGAGAUUAGAUGAUGCUAUAAAUGAUUUAAAACGACAGUUAGAAGAAGCGAAUGAUGAGAAACGUGAUAAAAG